AUACUAUCGAUCGACUUUCGAGGGUUGUAAUUCUACGACGUAUAUUACGCGUAUGUGAUGUGUGGCAAUAAGUAUUGAAAGUAAAUUGAAGCCAUUGUAGUAAGCAUGUUUGGGCAAUCUGGAAAUACGUCGUUCAGUGGUUUCAAUACGGCAACGCAAUCCAGUCCAUUUGGGCAAUCUGCAUUUGGUAAACCAAUUACCACAACAAGCUUUGGCACUGGUGCUGCACCAGUCUUUGGUAGUAGUAAUACUUCUCUAUUUAGUUCAAAGCCUGCAGGCUCUACCACUGGUGGCUUAUUCAGUAAUACUACCACUCCGCCUGCAUUUACUCAGCCAUCUUUUGGAGGUUUUGGUACAACAAAUACAAACACCAAUCUGUUUGGUAGUCAGCAGAAUGCAGGUACAAAUCUGUUUGGUACAAGCACUGCAACCUCAGCAUUUGGACAAUCAAAUAAACCAGCUGCAUUUAGCUUUGGUGCUACAUCUGGAACUAACUUAUUUGGGCAACCUCAACAAUCACCUCAACAAACCACACCUUUUGGACAAAGUAGUACCGCUGGAAACACCAAUUUAUUUGGUACAACGCCUGCUUUCGGCAGUACAAAUACCACGACCACAGCUAUGACUGGUACCGUUGUUAAAUUUACUCCCGUCAUUACAACUGAUUCUAUGUCGAAAAAUGGUGUAUCUCAUACUAUAUCGGCGAGACAUUGUUGCAUCGCGUCAAUGAGAGAAUACGAAUCAAAAUCUUACGAGGAGUUACGUUUUGAGGACUAUUCCGUGGGACGAAAAGGACCCAGUACAGGAAUUUUUGGUGCACCAGCACAGCCUUCACCUUUUGGCAAUGCGGGGGCAGGUACUAGUACUGCGACAACGGGUUUUGGUAUGAGCGGAGGUUUUGGAGCAACUACUCAAUCUGGCUCGGGCGGUUUGUUUGCAAAGCCCAUGACAAAUUUCGGUACACCGUCGACGACGACAACGAACAAUUUUGCUUUCAAUUCUACUCCAAACACAAAUUUAUUUGGUAGUAAUACCCAGAACAAACCUUUCGGUAUUUUAUCUACAGCAGCAGCUCCAACGCCGCUCUUCGCAACCAACAAUACUAACCAAACUGCUGGUGCAGGUUUCGGCAGUAUUAAUGCGGCUCAAAAUACUGGUUUCGCGCCUCCAUUUGGUUCAACACAAUCGAAUCAGAGUAUCGGUUUAUUCAAUCAAAACAAAUCGGCGUUCAAUGUACCAUCUACAUCGUCUAGCACUGGCUUCAGCAACUUCGGUCAACCUCCAUCUAGUAAUCCGGGUACAACUUUAUUUGGUGCGAAAUCAACUGGAACGACAGGUUUCGGAACACCGAGUUUUGGACCAACUACAGCAUCCACUUUUGGAACUACAACAGGUUUCACUGCAGGUCAAAAUUCCGGUCCUUCAUUAUUUAAUACAUCUUUUAAACCUGCAGGACAAACGUCUGGAUUCUCUUUUGGUUCUACUUCUGCACCUUCAACUGGACUCGGUACAAAUACUGGUUUGACAUUGGGUAGUGGUUCUACUCUAUUCGGUCAACAAAAACCAGGUGGUUUAUUCGGGAACACUGGAAACAAUGCAACCUUCAAUACAUCGGCAUCGUUUGGAUCUUCAACUUUUGGAACCAAUUCGAACGUAGGAACGGGUAUUGGAAUGGGAUUGCUCGGUGCUGGGAAUACGACUAAUCAAGCAAAGAGUUCGGGAACAGUACCAGUACAUCAACAAAUCUUGGCCUUGGUGUCUGCUCCAUUCGGUGAUUCGCCGUUAUUGAAGAAUCUUUUACCUGCUUCUGGUAAAACGGAAGAAUUGUUAAAACCUGCGAAUGCACCUUCCAAAAUAUUGAAUGGUCCACAAUAUAAGGUUACCACUGAUAACAAGUCUCCGAAAAUUAAGGCCAAAGUAGUUACGCCUGCACAAUUGUCAAAGAAGUCAAUGUUUGAAGGUCUCGAAGAAGAGGAUCCACUUUCAGAAGCAUUUCAACCUCGUACAAAUGCAAAGCGUUUAGUGCUACGUCCAAAAUCGAUAUCGAACUCGAUAAUAUCAUGGCCCAUCGAAAAUUCGCAGACCGUGGAAAAAAAUGUACAAUCUCCUGCUGCUAAGGGAGUAGAGCGGACGAUUGUAACGAAUUCGUACAUUGAAGAUACGAAUAUCGAAACUGUAGAUAAAGAGAAUCAUAGUCAAGAUAAUAAUCGGCAAUUAGCAAACGAUCGAAGAUCAUCUUCAUCUUGGUUGAAAACGAGCCUUCCGCGCAAUUCGGCGAUUAAAAAUUCCGAGGAAGAAUCAUUCGAGAGUGAACGUUCGCUGUUCACCAGUCCGAACGCAUCAUCGUCCGGAGAAGUGAUAAAUAAUACCGUUACCGAAUUGCGGCCUUAUCAUACUAAUGCCAAUCCAUCGAAUCAGAUUUGCUCUGAAAUGAACAGUUCUGCGGAUACAUCUUUAAAAACUUCAUCUCUGGCCGAUAAAACAUGCCCGGAUGUUAUAACUCAGAAUUCUGACUCGAGCCAGGAGUUGGAUGAAAAUUCCGUUUCAACGUUACAAAAUUCGAAUUGGAAGGUAAAUGCGGCAAAAGUGAUGUUGAAGCGAGCAGGUUACUAUACAAUUCCAUCGCUCGAUAAAUUGGACGAUUAUGUUUGCGAAGAAACGUGCGUUGUACCAAAUUUCACAGUUGGUCGCGAAGGCUAUGGGAACGUGUAUUUCCCUGAAUCAUUUGAUAUAUAUGGUCUGAAUUUAGACGAGAUCGUACAUUUUCGCCAUAAAGAAGUCAUCAUUUAUCCCGACGACGAGGAAAAGCCGCCUGUCGGGCAAGGAUUAAACCGUAAAGCACAAGUUACUUUAGAUAGAGUAUGGCCGCACGAUAAGUCUUUGCACAAACCGAUUACCGAUCCCCGUCGACUGGCUGCGAUGGAUUACGAAGAAAAAUUACGAAGAGUAUCGGCAAAACACGAUACUAGAUUUCUCGAAUAUCGACCUGAAACUGGUUCUUGGGUUUUCAAGGUAGAUCAUUUCUCCAAGUACGGUUUAAGCGAUUCAGACGAAGAUGAUAAUAAUGUUCCUACGGUGAAUGACCCAAAAAGAUUAAAAUUGUGCGCCGCAACGCAACAGAAAUCUGCAACCAAGUUAGUGGUGGAUCUAUCGGAAGUUCCGAACAAGGACACCACCGCGACCAAUGAUUCAAAAACAGGGAAUGCAGGAAUUCGAUUUUUCAAGUUACCAUUAUUAAAACAAGGAGACUAUAAUCGCGAAAAACAGUUACCGAUAAGCCCAACUGGUGAUAACGCUCGUAUUUUGGGUACUGACAGCCAUAAGCUGCAAUUAAUGAAAGCCAGCUUCUUCGAUGGUAGCGACGAAGAGAUCAACGAGGUUUAUGAUCAAGAAUCGAGUCGAGCGCUACUUCUUUCCGGACAUAAAGGAUCAUUGCGAUGUUUCAUUGAUACUGUUCAAACAUUUGACGAAGAUCAAAGACACGAGUCGUCAACCUACAGUCCGAUAUUGCGAUCAAAUUUAACUGUUCAUCGCAUGCCAACGGUUUCAUACGAAGAACCGGCUCUUUCGACGAUAACAGCAGAUCCCAAGUUGAAACGUUCGAUGGACGUGGUUGUUACGAAAUCGUCGAUAUAUGGAAAAGGUUUUCCGGAUCCUCCGAUAACUCCGGUGACUACAAUUCUUAAGUGGCAUUCCGAAGUGAUUCCAUUAUCAAAGUCUAUUAUACAUAAGCUAGAAUCUCGCUCCGUUGCUGAUACCGGCAUACAAAUGGGACGAAUGUUCAAACCGAGUUGGGGACGCGGUUUAACAUUACUAACAUUGAGUACACAAAAACAAGUUAGCGAUGUUCCAUUACAUAGUUCAUUCGAACAAAUCGGAUCUUAUGUGUGUGGUCGUUUCUCUGAAGAUACAACAUCUGCCGCAAUAGUUCAACGUAUACAAAUUUUAGGUGGUAAUGGGACAGAUGUUCAAGCGUUCGAGGAAAGUAUAGAGGGCCAUUUGAAAAUUCAACUAUCGCAUUGUAUAAUGAACCAAGAAGGAGACUGUCCAGUUUUUAACGUAGAUAUAGAUAUUAAUAAAGCGAGCAUGGCUUUACAUGCUCAUUGUAGUUUAGCCGAAGAAUUUGCGAAGCAAUACGCUACAGAUUGUUACGCCUCGUACGUUGCCAACGUUUGGAAACUUUGCGCGGCUCUUUGGGGGACCCUGGCUGAUGUAAAUGUUGCCACAGAAACUCCAGAAGAUCAUACUAUCGUGGUAGCGCGGCGAGAAGCUAUAGGGGAAUGGUUAAGAAACGUUAUACGAAAAACGCUCGAGUGGGAAGACACGAGUAUUAGUAACGAAACAAAGAUAUUGCUUUUACUAUCUGCUCUUGAAUUAGAAGAAGCGUGUAAAACUGCACAAGACAUGGGCGAUCAUUGUUUGGCUUCAUUGAUGGCACAGUUACGCAGUGGAAUGCCUAUAAAGGUUUUGAUAAAGCAACAACUCGCGUUAUGGCAAGAUGCUGGUGUUGACGAGAACAUUUCGCUGGAGCGAUUAAAACUUUUCGCAUUGGUAGCGGGUGAACCACUUGUGCCUAGUAAACAUGGUCUUAUCAAUGUCUGCGAAGGCUUCGAUUGGAAGAGAGCUCUGGCCGUUCAUCUGUGGUAACGUUCAUAGUUCUGUUCUUUCCUUUUCUAUUCUGUUCUGUUCUUAACCUAACUGUUUUUCUUUUCUAUUAUAUCAACGAGACAGUAUUUCGCGUAUUCUCGCGUCAUAUGAACGUUGUGCGUUUCGCGCCGCCUCUA